AUGGUCAUUAUACUGUGUUAAUGACGGUACAGUUUGAAUUUCAACACGAGAAUAACUGUAAAUGCGUUGACACGAAACUUGCUAAUUUGGGCCUCAUUUAUACACUUUGCUCAGCUCUGGAAAAAGGGGACAGUCUAUGUCACAUUUUACAACCAGCAACUUACCUUAAAUAAACAGAAUGUAUUUCCUUAACGUUAAGUAACAUCAAUCCAACCAUGGAUGUUGGUGUGAAAAUUGUUGUGCUUGUUUUUUUACUUGAGUGUGUCGGAUGCCUAACAAAUGAAACUUGUGAAAGUGGGGAACCUAGGUUAUUGUCAAGAAGUAAAAGGUAUCUACUGUUUCCUGAAGGCAGUUCAUUUCAGUUGGUAUUCUGCCUCCAAACAACCGCCCUCAUCCCUAUCGCCGACAUCUUCCUGAUCGGCCAAACAGCUGCCCUCGCAUGGGAAAUGCCCACGGACCCUGCCAUCUUCCAUAUGUUCAAAGGAGAGAAGGUUGCUCAGCGCAGGAAUGACCAUCAGAAUAAUAUCUACUAUCUGAACAAGCAGGGGGACGUUAUAGCCAAAGUGCCUUAUAAGAGAUCAAAACCUAUCAACCCAGUAUUCGCAAAAAGAAGCAUUGAAGACAAUGCAACUUACAAAGAGAAGUUAAAAAAGUUAAAAAUCGAUCGAGCGAAAAUGCACGAGAAUCAACUAAAAGAGAAUUAUCUAAAGAAACAUCACCUAGAUAAAAGAUCCAUUGAAUUCCAUAGAAGCAGCCGGUUGAGUUUAAUAGAGAAGUUAGAAACUUUCUUUAGUGCAUUAGGUCAAGAUGGAAGGCAAUGCGUUCUUCAUAGGCUAUGCGUGGCUGGACAAGGUUAUACACAACAGGGCACUUUCCUACAGGAAAUGCUUAGAACAAUAUUCACAUUACCUAAGGGUACUUUCGAUGAAGAGUACGACGAGGCCCAUGCAGCGACCAAGGACUGUGACGAGCUGUACACGUGCGAUGACUCCUCUGACUCCGAGGAUCUUUGA